AUGGCAGGGGUGCUUGCUGACUUGCAGCAUGUGCACACUUUUCUGUCUUCGCAAAAGCGCUUGGUGAGCGCUGACGUCUUUGACAAGAUGAUGGAUGCCCAAGCCAACAUGUUUGCACGUCGCUUCGAACAUGACAAGGGCGACAUUUCUCUAGCUGAUGCCACAUCUCUCUCUGAUGCCAUCUCCAGUGGGCCUUGGACAAGUGCCCAACAAAAAAAGAUGGCUGAGAAGCUUGCAUUGAGCGUCGAUUGCAAGGUAGGUUCAAAUACAAAGAAGCAAGGAAGGCGCUGUGGUCAAACUGUCAGUGGCUUUUCGACCUACCUCACCAAAACAGAUUUGGAUUGCUUGAAAGCAGAUGUGCAUUCGUCUAUCAAGAUCGACACCAUAGCAGAGAGAUGCUUCAUGCUGAAGCUUCACUGCCCAAAGGAGCCAACAGUCAAGCACAUUGUGGCAACUAUGGUCGAUUGCGGUCUUGAAGCUACAAGUGCCAAGGACAAGUUCAAUGCGGUGCAGGACUUGAAGGCGAAGUUGAGGGCCAAGGUGAAACCUUUGAGGGGCACCGGGGAAAUGACCAAUGAGGACCACCUUGCGAAUUAUCCAGAAGAUCCCCGCGACCUACCCGAAUCCAUUUGGAGGAAGCCACUGGCCUUGGAAGACAAGCACGAUUCACCAGCACAGAUGGACACCAAGGAUGCACCUGAAACCAGCAAGGAGCAGUGCAAACAAUCAGAACUCUUCGAUCUGCCAGUCUUGGAGAGUCCCGGCAAUAACGUGAAGACACCUGAGGAACACAUGGCCAAUGUGAGCAAUGCAUUCAAGGCUAGGGAGAAUGCAAAGGAGACUUCACCAGGUGCAAAGGUCAAACCACAAGGCAAAGCAAAGGCUAAGGCAGCAGCAAAAGGGAAAGCAAAGGCAGCUCCGACACCCAAGGGGAAAGCAAAGCCAUCUCCAAAGGGCAAAGCACAAGCAUCCAAUAAGAAGCAAACAGGAGCAUCUCCAGUCAAAAAGGCUCACCUCAAGGUUCCACAGCCUGGCAGCGGGACAUACUUUCACAAAAAUGGCAAGGUGCACCGUUCGGACAAAGGUUUGUGCUGGCGGGUCUUUGUACAUAAAAGUGAUAGGUGCGACAAGAAGGUUCCGUUUCACGGUGAUGAAGCUGCCAGCUUUCAGAAGGCUUUGCGUCUCGUUGAAGCUGGAGCGUGA